AUGGCUGCAGCAGGAAUGGCCCUCCCUUCUCCGCCUCCAGCUUCUUAUCUCCGAUCAUCUCCUCCACCACACGAAACAAGAUCCAUCCAAAAUCGACCCUCGAACUUGAACUUUAAACAAUCAACUACCGAGUCUGAAGAUGCUGUGUAUCACCAAUCACCUAGCUCUCCCGUCAGAAUUCAUCGUGGAGGUUCUAUUCCUCAAACUUCCAGUGCGCAGAUCGAGAAUUAUCAUGGCCCGCCAACCCCAAUGCUGGACCUCCCCGACCUCAACGAGUUGUCCUUGAAUGACCAGCCACCGAAACCACCCCAGCACACUUGGAAUCCCCAAUCUCGUCAUACAAGUGGAUCUUCUUGGUCGGUAGUCGAGCCUCAAGCCGUCUAUAACGAUAUCCCUCCAGUACACCCAGAACCUACAAAACCCGAAACGAGCCAUCCCCCGGAUAAGCAGCACGUCAGUGGCCCCGAAAGCCCGACUCCCGACAGCUUGGAAAGUUCCUCGCAAAUUUCCGAGCCCGAACCCCUCCCAUACCAUCAUCAACAUGUGGAAAAAACACAGGCUGCCCGCAUGUCAAGACUAGGCAUGAAUCUGGCAGAUGGAGGCUCAACCGGGAAUUUGGCAUCGCGCGCAAGACUUUCGCGCCCAAUGUCGACCUAUUCGUCAGCCUCAGACCAUGGAAAUAAACACAAUUCCGGGUCACCGUACCUCAAGCCACGAGUCGCCUCGAGGAAUUCCACUGCAUCUCCUGAUAACCGCAUGUCCACCUUGGAUCUGAUGAACACAUCCUACCCACAACCCGGCCCGAGCGGGUCGCAAUUCAACAACUCGGCUCUCCAGUCAUCCGUCGGCAACCAUGCCUCCCUGCUCAGUCACAAGCAGACAUUCGAAAUGUAUCUGACCAACGUGAAGAAGACCGACCAGUCCGGCUCGCAGUAUGAAUUUGCAAUCUUCAUGAUCAACUCCAUAAGAGAGUUACCACCUGCGAAACCCGACGAUCCAGACCCAAUCACCCCGGCGCGGCUCAUGAAAGAAGCAAAAUCCAUUCUCCAGCGUCUCGCAGACCGCAGCUACCCAUUCGCACAAUACUACCUCGCCGAUGGCUAUGCAUCUGGCUUAUUCAACAAGGGCAAACCAGAUCUCGAUCGCGGAUUUAGUCUAUUCAUGGCAGCCAGCAAACACGGCCACAUCGAAGCCUGCUACCGCACAGCACUCUGCUACGAAUUCGGCUGGGGAUGUCGCAAAGACGGAGCCCGUGCGGAGAAAUUCUACCGACAAGCCGCAUCCAAAAACCACCCGGGCGCGAUGCUCCGCAUGGCCAAAGCCUGUUUGACCGCCGACAUGGGACUAGGAAAACGGUAUCGCGAGGGUAUCAAGUGGAUGAAGCGAAGCGCAGAGAUAGCCGAUGCGCAGUACAACUCGGCACCGUACGAGCUGGGCGUGAUGCACGAAACAGGGUUUGGUGAUGACAUCUUCCCGGAUCAGACCUAUGCGGCACAACUUUUCACCAAGUCAGCGGAACUGGGCCAUAUCGAAGCUGCCUACAGACUAGGCGAUGCAUAUGAGCAUGGAAAGCUCAACUGCCCACGCGACCCGGCCUUGAGUAUUCACUUUUACACAUGUGCAGCGCAGAAUGAUCAUGGGUUGGCGCAAAUGGCCCUGUGUGCGUGGUAUCUCGUUGGCGCAGAGCCGGUGCUCGAGAAGGAUGAGAACGAGGCGUAUGAGUGGGCUCUUCGCGCCGCUCGUAAUGAUCUUACAAAGGCGCAAUAUGCGUGCGGUUACUUUACCGAGAUGGGUAUCGGCUGCCGUCGCGAUCCCCUCGAGGCCCGAGUGUGGUACGUGAGAGCGGCCGAACAAGGUGACGAGCGCGCAAAACACCGCAUUGCAGCAAUCCAAGCCGCAUCCGAGGGAGUGAAUCCAGCUCUGGCAGCACAGCCUCCGAAGCAGACACGGAGAUUAGAGAAAGCAGAUAAAAAGGCACACGUAAAAGAGUCAAAGGAUGAAGAUUCCGAUAAGUCCAAGCAGAAACGUUUCGUCAUUUUCUGA